ACUCACAUUAUGUCAGUCUCACACACACUGUGCAAGAGUCAACUCUACAACCUUAGCUCUUGUAAUUUAAAUCAAAAUAUUGAAUAUCUAGCGAAUAAAAGAGUGGAAAUAUGUUGAAAACAGCUAUAAGGAAUAUUGGUAUUGUGCAAGGAUUAAAGCAAUUCUAUUCGUCAUCGUCAACCGUUAUCAGUCGUAAGCCUGAUCAACGUCAAGUUGAGUUGAUGGCAAGGUCCUUGCCACAUCGUAAGAAGCUAAAGGAUGUUGGAAAUAUAAUAGUUGUAGCUUCAGGCAAAGGAGGUGUGGGGAAAACAACGACAGCAGUAAAUCUGGCGAUAUCUUUAUCGCUUGAAGGCAAAAGUGUUGGAAUACUUGAUGGCGAUAUUUUCGGACCGACCGUUCCACUUAUGAUGAACCUCAAGGAAAUGCCAUUAACUGACGAAAAUAACAUGAUGAUUCCUCUUGUUAAUUAUGGUAUAAAAUGCUUAUCAAUGGGUCUUCUUAUGGAAGAUUCAAGUGCUGUUGUUUGGCGUGGACCUCUUGUCAUGUCUGCUCUUCAACGUUUAUUGAAAGGCGCUGCUUGGGGACCUUUGGACAUAUUGAUUGUCGACACACCACCAGGAACAGGCGAUGUUCAUCUCUCGCUCUCUCAAAAUGUCCCUCUCUCAGGCGUUAUCCUUGUCAGCACACCUCAGACUGCUGCUUUAAAUGUAACUAAACGAGGUGCUGACAUGUACAAAACUCUUAAAGUGCCAAUCAUCGGUAUCGUUGAAAAUAUGUCGUAUGUAAUCUGUGAGAACUGCAAACAUAAGAAUGUACUUUAUAACAACGCAAUUGAUGACUUUUCAAAAGAAAUGAACAUUGAUGUAAUCGGAAAGGUUCCCUUGGAAAAAGAAAUAAUCAAAUGUUGCGAAGCUGGAACACCAUCGUGCAUAAAAUAUCCUGACUCUUCUUUCUCAGAAUCUUAUCGUCACAUAAGCAAAUACAUUAUAAAAUAUCUUGAAGAAUUUGACACAAUUAUCGCAAAUUAUAAAAAUAAAUAAAAUUUUAUAUCAAAA